CUUGUUUUUCCCCUCGCUGAAUGACAUCGAUCUGCGCCAUUCUAGCGUGCUCGUUGCCCCAGUCGCUCGGGACUUCUCCGCUGUGCGGGCUCUGUGAGUGCCUGAGUCAAGGAAUCUACCUCUGUUAAACCUCUCAUCUUGACCGAUCAAUGCUUCGAAUGGGUUAAUGCUGUCUCCGUCGAGCGGCGAGAGGUUGCUUUCUGAGCGGGUCGCCAGGAAAUUGUCUCCUUGAUAGCAAGAAGCGGAGGGGCAAAACGACAACGAGGGCAUUCAAAAAUGCGUUUAAAGCUCCGCGAUGGCCGGCCCUGCCUCUCGGUGGUGGUGUGCACUCUUUUUGCCAUCUUCUCUUGCGGUCAAGCAACAGCAGUAUCCGGAGACGAAAGAUCGAGCACGUCGCCAAACAUGAAGUUCUCCACGUCCUUCAAUACGCUCUUUGCGGCGUCGCAAGUCGCCAUUGCGCCAGCUGCCGCCGCGUACAACCCCGUCGAACUCAAGGGCUACGGCAAGUUCACCGGCACCGUCGUCAACUCGACCUACAGCGGCCGCGCUCUCCCCGCCCCCGUCGACGCCUGGCUCGGCAUCAACUACUCAACGCAGCCGGUUGGCGAGGGCCGCUUCAACCCCGUCACCUGGCCCGCAUCCUUCAACGGUACCAAAGCGGCGACAAAGUACGGCAAGACCUGCGUCCAGGACCCGACUUCGACCGAUGUCAGCACCCAAGAUGAGGCCUGCCUCAACUUCAACGUCUACCGUACGCGUGGUAUCCCGCUCGACCAGAAGACACCUGUGUUGGUCUGGAUUCACGGCGGCGCGUUCUAUGCGGGCAGCUACAAGAGCUUCGACGGCGCUGCGUUCGCCGCCUCAUCAAAGCAGCCCAUCACCGUUGUCAACUUCCAUUACCGCAUCAACUCGCUGGGUUUCCUGCCUUCGGCUCUCUUCGACGAGGAAGGACUGCUGAACCUCGGUAUGCGCGAUCAGCACUUCUUCCUCCAGUUCGUGCAGAAACACAUUGCCGCAUUCGGCGGCGACCCGGACUCCGUAACCAUCGGCGGUCGCUCUGCUGGUGGCCACUCCGUCGGCAUCCUCUACUUUCACAACUACAAUGAGGAUGAGAACAAGCCUCUCUUUGCAAGAGCCAUUCACCAGUCUGGUGCCGUAACCGCUCGUGCGUUUCCCAAUGCCACAUACCCGCUCUACAUCAAGCAGUACGAGGAGUACAUGAACUACCUCUCCUGCCCACUCGACGCCGACAACGCCGCGACCCUGGCCUGCCUCCGUGCCGCGGAUGUUGAUGCGAUCCGCAACAUCAGCACCAAGCUGUACAACGACUACGAUCCGGCUCUGACUUGGCCAUUCCAGCCCACGCAAGGCGGCCCUCUGCUGGAGAAGUUUGGCUCGCAGUCAGGCUACGAUGGCACAUUCUUCAAGGUCCCCGUCAUCACGUCUAACGUCAACGACGAGGCCAAGUACUACAUGGCCGGCGACAAGGAGACGAACCAGGAGUUCCUCGACUACCUUCACAACAUCUCCCCUGCCCUCAACAGCACCGACCUGCAGCUCCUUGAGGACCUCUACCCGGACCCCGCCACGCACCCUGACUCUCCUUUUGCCAACUCUCCCAACAGCACGCAGUACAACCGCCUCUCGGCCGCAUGGAGCGACUAUGCGUAUAUCUGCGCUGGACAGGAGACGGCGUACCGCGCCUCGAUUGCUGGCGUGCCGACGUGGAAGCUUCAUUUCAACACGAACAACUCGUGGCCGGCGUGGAGGGGUAUUCCGCAUACCGCCGACACGAAGUACACCUGGGACGAGCCGGUUGUGCAGUACCCCGAGGUCAGCCACAUUUACCACGGUUACCUUUCCAGCUUCGUUCUGUCUGGUGACCCGAAUACCUUCAGAUAUCCUGGUAGCCCCGAGUGGCCUCAGUACAAGCCCACAGGCUACGGGCUUGAGUCGGAGCCUGCGCUGCAGCUUAUCGUUCAGCCUAAUAAUGGAACCAAGGUUGAGAAGGAUGAUAUUCGGAGGGAGGCAUGCCUUUACUGGAGAGAUCCGGAGAGAGCUCCCCGCCUCAACAAGUAAAGAUAGAAAAUAUUGACAAUGUAAAUCAACAUACGCGUCGCGAUUGACGCAUGUACAUUUCAAAGUGACGACUAAUAGUUGAAGGGUCAUGUUUCC